CCCAGUUGCUCUAUCUCUAGGGUUUUACACACUUUCGGCGUCUUCUCCGGAUUCGAAAUGGCGAAGAGAACUAAGAAGGUGGGAAUCGUCGGCAAAUACGGUACUCGUUAUGGUGCGAGUAUUAGGAAGCAGAUUAAGAAGAUGGAAGUGAGCCAACACAGCAAAUACUUUUGCGAGUUUUGCGGCAAAUACGGAGUGAAGCGAAAGGCGGUUGGUAUCUGGGGAUGCAAGGACUGUGGCAAGGUCAAAGCCGGUGGUGCCUACACCAUGAACACCGCGAGUGCCGUCACCGUUAGGAGCACCAUCAGGAGGUUGAGGGAGCAAAUCGAGGGUUAAAAUCUACCUUAAUUUUAUCAUAAUUUUGCGUUGUUAUGAGAUGUUAUUGGAGAACUAUGCUUUUGUGUUUUUUGAUUCAAGACAGUGUUACAUUUAGCCGUGAAUCAAGUAUUCAGUGACAAUUAUGUUUUGGAUUAUUUUUCUAUUGCGCUUGUCUCUGAAUUUAUAUUUAAUAACUUGGUUCCAAACAUAUUUUUCCAAUAUAAAACUGUACCAAAUUGGUAUGUUUUUGAGUCAGGUUGUUACAUUUGGCCGAGGUUAUAAUUGGUU